AGUGCAUGUUUGCGGAGAGCCUAAAACAAAAAAGUUUAAACUUCUCCUUUUAUUCCUUGCUGUUAUUUCCGCCAUGGGCUCAGAGUACAGCAUCAUCCAAAAACGUUCACCAGUACCCAGCGGUUGGCAGGGCAGUGGUGGUUACGGGUCAUCGUCGGUUGGAUUAGCUCGAUCUGGCGGAGGCUGGGGCAAUGGUGGCUCUACGUUCGGCCGCUCAAGCGGCUGGGGAGGAUCGGCCGGGUCCGGUGGAAAUACUAGAAGUUACAGUGGGUACAACUCAAAUGGAUGUGCGAAUAGCAACGGAUGGGAUGACGCAAGCAUUGGCUUACGCUCAAACCCAGGAUCGACCGUCUGGUAAACUAAAGGGAUUACAUUUUUUUACGUAGAUAUUUUUU